AUGUCUAUAUGCGAGCAAGGUGCGGCGACGUUCGCGGCCGUUCGUUACCUGCCGCAGGCCGAGCACGUGGCCUUCGCGCUCGACCUCAUGGAGAUCGCGCUCAAUGUCCACGGGCUCAUAGAGACUUGUAUACAGGUGUGUUGUUCCCCAGGCGAUGUCUAUAUGCGAGCAAGGCGCGGCGACGUUCGCGGCCGGCGCCACCACCUACCUGCCGCAGGCCGAGCACGUGGCCUUCGCGCUCGACCUCAUGGAGAUCGCGCUCAACGUCCACGGGCUCAUAGAGACUUGUAUACAGGUGUGUUGUUCCCCAAGGCGAUGUCUAUAUGCGAGCAAGGCGCGGCGACGUUCGCGGCCGGCGCCACCACCUACCUGCCGCAGGCCGAGCACGUGGCCUUCGCGCUCGACCUCAUGGAGAUCGCGCUCAACGUCCACGGGCUCAUAGAGACUUGUAUACAGAUACUAAAGGAGCUGUCAGAAGUAGAGGGCGCGCUCAGCACACGCGGUGGACCGCCGACGGGGCUGGCGGCGCCGCGCACUUAUACGUCGGCGCUCGCUCUCUAUACCGUCGGCGCUCUGAGGCGCUACCACUCGUGUUUGCUGCGUGAGUGA